GCUCAAUGAAGACGGAAGAGGUGAGAGUGUAGAAACCUUUGCCACGGAGCAUCAGAGUCAAAUGUGUCUGGAAGGUUGUUCUUUGCGUUUUAGGGGACUUUCUAACCGUGGAAGUAUCUUGAAUCUUCAUAUGCCUACCUGUUGAAUGUUACAGCGGGCGAGGAACAAUUUCGGAGAUACAACGCGUCUAUCAAUUAUUUGUUAAAGAAUUCAGCGCAGAAUCCACCAUCAUUUAUUUGCGGAUACCAUUCGAUGUUUCAGUAAGAAUCAGAAAAUUAGUUGAAACUUGAAACAACAUAUUUGGCACCUGAGAACAAAACAAUUAAACACAUGCCACUUGUACACGCUGAAGACUAAAGGAAUUACUCAAAGAAGACUUCAGACUGACGCACUAAAUGGAAAGACAACCUGCCGUUACUUGUAAAUGUGUAUAACGCAGGUAAAUGAUGCUGGAGGCUGUGUGACUGGCAGCUAUGGGACCAAAGAGGGGCUAUUUCGUGGAUGUCACCAUGAUGACUGCACUCUACCUGCUGUGUGUCAGCCAUGGUCAGAAGCCGGAGGUGCGUGCUAAGGAAGGGGGUGUGGUGGAGAUGGAGUGUAGACUGCCACCCACUGACACGGGUGCGUCUGUGUUCCUGCACGUGGUGGAAUGGGUGCGCCAGGGCUUCGACAUCCCAGUCCUGAUCAAGUUUGGAGUGUAUUCUCCUCGGGUGCAUCCCAACUACGAGGGCCGUGUGUCUCUGGUCAGGAACACUGUUCUGAGAGUGAAGGGGCUCCUCAUGGAGGACCAGGGCCUGUACGAGUGUCGCAUUCUCCUGCUGGACAAAACCACAGAUGAGACCCACAAUGGGACCUGGACCCUACUGUCUGUAACUGCUCCUCCUAUUUUCACCAAGACCCCUCCCCCUGUCCUGGAGACUCUAGUGGGGAAUUCUCUCUCUCUAGCCUGUGUUGCUCGUGGCAACCCAAAACCCACCAUAACCUGGGCUAAAGGUGGUACUCUGAUUGGAGGAGACAACGUUGAGCUGCUGAGUGGGACGUUGUCUCUCAGAGCAGUGAGCACGGAGGCCGGAGGACGGUAUGAAUGUCUCGCCACCAACACAGAGGGUAAUGUGACUCAUGUUACAAAGCUGAAGGUCAAAGGUCCUCCAGUUAUUGUUAUCCCCCCGAAUAACACGGCCCUCAACAUGACCCAGAAUGCCCUGCUGCGGUGCCAGGCCGUGGCUGAUCCACCCAACAUGACCUAUGUGUGGCAGAGGCAGGGAGAGAACGUCCAUCACAUAGAGCCUCUAAAGUCCCGGGUGAAGAUCAUGGUGGACGGCACCCUCCUCAUCACCCGCAUCACCCCAGACGAUUCUGGGAACUAUACCUGCAUCCCCACCAAUGGGCUGUUAACUCCGCCUACUGCUUCCGCCAGUCUCACUGUGAGACACCCUGCCCAGGCUCUCCUGAUGCCUCAGCAGACAUAUCUCCCCACAGGCCUGGGGGGUCUGGUCUCCUGCCCUGUGAGAGCCCAGCCCCUCCUGCUCCGUGUUGAUUGGACCAAGGAUGGACAGCCACUGGAUCUGGCCAUGUACCCAGGAUGGACGCUGACGUCUGAAGGCUCGGUGUUCAUGGCAACUGUCAAUGAUGAUGCAACAGGCGUGUACAAGUGCACCCCCUACAACAGCUUCGGGACCAUGGGCCAAUCAGGGCCCACGACAGUCAUCCUACAGGACCCCCCGUCACUCAACGUGUCUCCCCGAAAGGAGUAUCGAGAGGAGGUGGGGACGACGCUUGUUAUCCCCUGCCAGACAAAUGGAGAGCCAGCCCCUACUGUAACCUGGAGCAAGGUUGCACCUGCCACACUCUCUCAGUACUCUGUAGCAGCCAACGGCUCUCUGCUGCUGCUUCCUCUCACUAAAGACCACCAGGGGGAGUGGGAGUGCAGUGUUACCAACCGCGUGGGCACUGUCAAAGCCAGCACUCUCAUCUCAGCGCUGGGCACCAGUCCCCAUGCUGCCACCCUGGUGUCUGUGUUUCCAGGGGUCAAGCAGGCCAAUGUGUCCUGGGAACCAGGCUUUGAUGGGGGAUACCCCCAGAAAUUCACUGUCUGGUUGAAGCAGAUGUCUGUGGGUGACAGUGGGGAGAAACAGGAGUGGCUCUCUGUGCCCGUGCCCUCCUCCUCUGGCUCCAGUCUGCAGGUGACGGGGCUGGUCCCUGACACAGAGUACCAGUUCAGUGUCCUGCCACACAACAAAGUGGGCACUGGGCCUUUCAGUGAGAUCGCCACCAUCCGAACUCUGAAUACACUCCCAAGGAGAGCGAAACUAGAACCGCCCACAUCGCUGUCAGCCAAUCAGAGCUUGGCAGGUAUAGUCCUGCAAUGGUCUCCUGUGGCUCAGUUCCCGCCCAUCACUGGAUUUGUCCUCCAAUCUCGCGCAGAGCAAGGGGAGUGGUUCAAUCUAGACGAGGACAUCGAUGCCAAUAGAACUGUGAUGAUCGUUCCAGGUCUGCGCAAGGACUCUGUGUACGAGCUGAGGCUGCUGUCCCGGCGAGGGGUGUUGCUGAGCGAGCCCAGUCCAUCAGUUAAUGUCUCCAACAUGGGGAUGGAUAUGUACCCUGCCAGUUCCCGCCUCCUGGAGUUUGUACCCAAGCCGUUAUUGGCUGGAGUGAUGGGAGGCGUUGCCUUCCUGUGUUUGGCCCUGAUCCUGGUCCUAGGGACAGUGUGUAUCAUCAGUCACAAGAGAGACCAGCGACGCAGGAAGAGGAAAGAUGAUCUCCCUCCUGCCAUCUAUAAAAGCCCCCCCUCAACUGGGUCACUUGCUAGCAGUCCAGACAGUGUGCUGAAGCAGAAGCUCCUCCAGUCCCACACCCACUAUCCUGGCUCCACCUCCCGCUCCUGCUCCUCCUCCCAGUCGGACCACUCCUCUUUCGACAGACCCAGCCACAGUGAAUACCAUGAGCAGUGCCAGCAGCUGCUCUCCUGCCCCCCACCACCUCCUCACUACGACCCCCACCACCACCUCCCCAGGACAGGCUCUUCUCCCACUUCCCCUCUAGAGUUCAUCUUCAGAGGCCCUGAUGGUCUCUUCAUGAUGCAGCCCUAUGACCAGGCCUCUGUCCACAUUUCCCACAACAUAAGAUCCCUGAGGAAAGACUUCCCACAAUCCACUGAGGUCCAGAGGUCAGUGUCCCCCUGUGUGAGGAGGGAGCCGCCAUUGGUCCUCUCAGUGGACCUACCCCCCCGUGGUGGAUCUAACCCCAACCCCACGACCAUGGUCCGGGCCAUGGCCAAACACCUUUCCCUCCAUGGACGAUUCUACCUGGAUGGGGAGAAAGACAGUUGCGCUGGACAUCCAGGCGAGAGUAGUCUCUAUUCGGACAGUAACUCAGACAUGUACCCCCAGCCAAGCCUGGAGGAGAGCAAACCAGGAUACCUGUCACUAAAGCGGGCCGUCCAGCCUGCCAUCGCCAGCACCCUGAUGCUACAGAUGGAGCAUGAGAGGGAGACCGGCAACCUGAGCAUGUGUCUGAAGCUGGCCCGGGAGAGAGAGGAGCUGGAGAGAAAGCUACGGAAGUACACACUGGAGAGGAAUGCUACUUUAGAUGGGAAGAGCAAGAAACCAGGCAUAGAUGAGGAGAACUGGAGAGAGACUGAAGAAUGUGAUCCCAUAUGGAAACCUCUGGAAAGCACCUCCCUACAAAAUCAGCCCCAUCACUGUCAUCCCCAGGCCAGCUGGGGGAGAUCUAGCAUGGCCAAAAGGCCUUCGUCCCCAUCUGAUAUUCACUGGGAGGCCAGCCCUCUCACCUCUGCCACCAGCCUGGUCGCAGCCCUUCACACCACCUCUGAGAGGACAGUGACCCUCCACUGUGACCCUCCAGUCACUCAAUGUCCCUCUCUGUCACCUGUCACACAACACCACCUCAAGGCUAAGAGAGCAGAGGGUCACUCUAAGAGGAGGGUGAGUCACCAGCCACUAGAGAGGCAAGAAGGGAAAGAAGCUGCGAGUUUCAAGACACACACAGGGCUUUGGGAUACUACUCACAUGUCAACAGAGUUGAAGGGAGAUGACUCAGAGUCACAUGAAUGGAACAGCAAGAGCAAUCAAUGCCAUUCCAAUGGCAGAAUUUCACACAAGUCUAAGCCAGAUGUCUCUGUCAACAAAGUGCAUGGUGUAUGGAAAGUGGCGUUAGCAAGGUCACAGCCAUUUGAAAAGCCAUCUCAACACACAGUGUUGGAUCUCUCAGACUGUGUAGAGAUGAGUGUGGAUGAACCAGAAGGCUCAGUUGAUCCUCCUACAAAUCCCAUAAUGUUCCAGAGCCUAUUGGCAGAGAAAGACCACAGAGGACCGCAAACCACAAAAAAAGACCGCAGAGGCCAUCCAUUGGACCACAAAAAGAGCCCAGUACCUAGAGAGGAGCGGGAGAAGUGGCACAAGAGAUCACCUCGGGGCAGAAGCCCAACUACCAUUCAGCCUCCCAGGCCGGUGCUCAGGAAGGCCCUCAGUCUAGAAGGCUCUCAGAACGGGGACGACCGCCACCACCAGCGCAGCCACAGUCUAGAUUCCAGGAGACAAUCCCAGGGUAACUUCUUGACGCCUGACGCCUGGGUCGACUCUCUCAGCCAUGAGAACUGUUCCUCUCCUUUCUCCUUCCGACCAGACUCUGUGUUCUGGGAACCAGAAUUCACCUCAGCUCCUGAGACCAACCACACAGAGGCCCCCACUGCCUGCCCACCUCCCCCCCAGGACCCCCAGCCUCCCAGCAAGGCCCCUCAGCAGCUUUAUGAAGCAUACAAGGGUAAUGUGCACAUGCCAAAUGUAAGAAACCUGGUGCUGGAGAGACAGCAGCCACUCCCCCCAACCCCUCCUCCAGUGCCUUUGGGCCCCAUCCACCCCCCCCACAACCCCCACAAAAAGGCCUCCAUCUUCCCAGAUGCCUCCAGGUGGCCCAUCACCUACAAGGAGGCCCUGAGGUCUGUGCAGCGCAUGGAGGCCAGGAAGAAUGCCUCUCUCCCCAGGGACCACAGGGAGCACCGCAGACCAUCAGACUAUAGAGGCAGAACUACAGCUCCCUCCCUGCUCAGAGGUUACAGCUGGCCCACACCCCUUCACACCUCACAGCCAUCCCAGGAGGAGGAGGUGGGAGAAGAGGAGGAGGAGGAAGGAGAGGAGCGGUAUGGGGGGCAUGAAAUGGAGGUGGAGAUUGGGAGGUAUCAUCGGGGAGUGCCAGACUCAGGGGGGAGCUACAGUAGCUAUACCAGCCAGAGCAGUGGCAGGGGGAGUCUGGAGCCUCCCAAUGGGCGCCUGUCCAUCUGCCUGUCCCCAACCCUCACCAGCUCUCCUGAGACCAUCGAGGAGAUACAGGGGAGCACAGAGGAGACACGCCUACAGGACAUGGAGGCAUUGAAAAGGAGAAAGGCCUCAGUGGAUAAGAAUUAUGAGUGGGACUCAACUGAUGUGUCCAUUCAGCCAGGAGAUCAAGACCUUGAAGGCACAAGCCUGUUCUCCUCAGUGAGUCUACUGAAGUCUACUCCCAGCAUGCACUAUUCCAAGAAGGGCCUCAAAGAGUCAGUCCAAUUCCAGGGUCAUCACCAUGAGACCAGCCGCUACUCAGACCCCGAACCAGAGACUGUGCUGUUCUGACAAUCCCAUCUAUACCUAAGACUUCCACCAACAAUGUCAAAAUAGAGUGCCAUCGUCAGUAAUUCAGUAUGGCUGAACAGUCAUCAACCUCUCAACCAUCUGACUGACUGGACUCUGGUGGACGCUCAGGGCUGAAUAAAGAAUUGGCUGUUGUUGUUCAAAGCUGUACCUACCGAAGAGGACUUUUACCACUGAUUUACAAGAGCUAGUAGUUACAUUGAUUGAUCUCUGCUUCUUCUAUGGAAUACUAUGUAUAUGGUACUUGUUACCAAGUCAGUGAACAAGCAGGUACAAUAUUUGGUCUGCCUUGCUCAUCAUCAUGGUGCUGACUAUAAUCAAUACAAUAAUCAUACUCUUGGACUCACGGAAGAACAGUUGGAGAUUAUUUUUAUUGCUUUGAGAAAAGGCAAACCACCACUGGGCUGGCACUUUGUUCCACUACUGACACUUUGUUCCAACACUUUCAACGUUUGACAGAACUCUGAUGGAUGAUCGAUUUUCUGUGAGAUGGAGAGGGAGAGCGAGCAAGAGAGAGAGAGAGAGAGAGAGCUUGACAGCUUGACAGGGCAGGAUAACAGGACUGAUGGACAUUGUGGAGAAGAAGUAGGCUGCAUCAUGCCUUUUUCACAAAUAGUGUUUUUCCAUAGGCCUGGCCUAGUGUGACAGCAUCUGCAGUACAACCCUGAGCUCUGAGUAAACAAUCAAGUACUAUUACCCCAGGAGGUUAACUCACUAGGGUUGAUCAGAUGUAGCUAUAGAUCACACUAGGAAGAACCACUCCUUUCUUUUCUACCCAUAUUCUCAAGAUGUAGCAAAUCUAAUUUCCCUCUGUUUUUAACCUCAUUGAUGUUGUGCAAUGUUUGUACUGUCAAUAGAUUUUUUUGUACUCAGAGUGCAGUAGUUAUUUUGUGUGUGAAUGAGGAGGGUAAGGGUUCGGCUGGUAAUAAUCGCCUGUUGCUGGGAUAAAUGAAGGACAUUUUUUUCACCAACCUUGUGUAAAAUGAGACUGAUAAUCAGUGAGCAUUAGCGGCAAGAUAUUGUUUGCCAUGUCUAAUUUGGAGAUUGAAACCUAAAUGGGAUUUUUUCAAUCAGUCUAUCUCUUAGUCAUCCGAGUCAGGGAGGGAGAUGAGAAUUCACAGCAUGUCAGAGGAGUUAAUUAGGUUCUAGAAUGCCUUCCAGCACAACGUCUGGUGAGAAAGGAGAGGAGGGGAGCUGGGGAUGUGAAUGCCUUUUGAGCUGUACUCACUCUGUUAUCAGUUUACAACGGCAGAUCACCCCACUUACCCUCCAUUUUAAUUUCAACACUCAUUUUGUACACAGAAAUGACUUCCAGAGAAAUGUCAGUUUGCCCACUUAUGGUUUUGUAUACGUUCUAUGGCACCCAAUAGCAAUACACUGCCAAUAUACUGUACAUUAAUUAUUUUCCUCAGACUGAAUGCAAAUGCAGCAAGAAGCAUGACAAAAAAUGUACAGUGAGGGAAAAAAGUAUUUGAUCCCCUGCUGAUUUUGUACGUUUGCCCACUGACAAAGA